AUGGGAGCUCGCUUUAUAGCUGAGAAUCCUGUAUCAGACAGAUGGUCUAAACAUAUCAACAACCACCUGGAGUUUGAGACUGCUCAACUCCUCUUUUCUCAAGCACAAUUGUCAGCAGGUAAAAUUGACCAGUUACUUCACUUAUGGGGAUUGUCUCUUGCACCUCAUCAAGAUACCCCACCAUUUGCUGACCACACUGAUCUCUAUGAAACCAUUGAUGUGACCCCAACAGGUGAUGCACCUUGGGAGAGCUUCAGGCUCAAGUACAGUGGCAACAAACCAUCAGAAGGUGUUCCUUCCUGGAUGAAUAAGUCAUAUGAUGUCUGGUUCCAGGACCCCCAAGUUGUCAUCAAGAAUAUUCUUUCCAAUACUGACUUUAAUGCAGAAAUUGACUAUGCUCUGUAUCAUGAAUUUUCAGCAGACAGUCACUCACAAAGGUAUAAGGAUUUCAUGUCCAGCAAGUGGGCUUGGGAACACACAGAUGAAAUUGCAAAAGAGCCUCAAGCAGAUGGUGCAACAUUCAUCCUGAUUAUCCUGGGCAGUGACAAAACAACCAUAUCAGUUGCUAUGGGCCAGAAUGACUACUGGCCCAUCUACCUUUCCAUUGGCAAUGUUCAUAACCAUGUUCAGCAUGUGCAUCACAAUUCCAUCAUCCUAGUAGCUCUCUUACCUAUUCCAAAAGCCAGCAAAAAACACUCAGAUGAUACUGGUAUGAUGACCCCAGAGGUUCUCCACUGCCCAGAUGGCCAUGUUCAUCGCAUCAUUUAUGGCCUUGGGCCUUAUAUUGCUGACUAUCCAGAACAGGUUUUACUUGCUUGCAUUGUGCAGAAUUGGUGUGGCCAAUGUAUGGCAACCCCAGAUAACUUGGAUGGAGGUGGUGUGCCUUGUUCCUGCUCACUUGCUGACAUGCUGAAGCAUGUGUUCUCACUUGUUGAAUUGUGGGAUGAAUGGGGGAUGGAUGUAGAGAUUGAGCUGUUUACUGAUGAGUUCCCUCAAGCCAGCAUCUACUUGUUAUUAGCACCUGACAUCCUACAUCAACUGAUCAAAGGGAUGUUUAAGGAUCAUUUGGUUGAGUGGGGAUGGGGAUUUUCACAAUGGACAGGCAAUGACUCAAAAGCACUAAUGAAGGUUUACCUCCCUGCCAUUGAAGGCUAUGUCCUGGACAAAAUUGUUCAUACCUUUUGGGCAUUUUUGGAAUUCUGCUACCUUGUUUGGAGGGAUGCAAUCACUGAUGAAACAUUGUAUAAGGCACUUGGUCAAAUGCUGCUAACAAAUCAGCAUUUAGACAAACUCACAGCAGCAGCUGUUGACUUUGAAAAGCACAGAAUGCUGAAGGGUUCAAUUGCAUUAAGCCACUCCCACUAUCUAUCUGGAAACUGUGCCACCAAAGUCCUCUUGCUUGCAGACAAGCUUGGAGUUCCAGCAUUUCCCAACCUCCUUCAGGAGUUUUUGUCUCACCAACUCAACACAUUGGACACUGAGCUUCAGUGCUUGGCAACUCCCACAGGUUGUAUCAAGGUUUUCCACUCUGCCAGUGUGAUGAUUGGGAGCACAUUCCAUGAACAGAUUCAAGCAACACCAUCCUGGUAUGGUGGUCCUGAACAUUAUGACACUGUGUUUGUGAACACAGAUGACACACAUGAUGGGAUGGAGGGCACAAAUGUAGCCCAGGUUCUUUGCUUUUUUUUGUUACCAUGCACCAAUGGCUUAUCAUACCCAUGUGCUCUCAUUCAUUGGUUUGAUUACAUAGCAGACAUACCUGAUGAACUGACUGGGAUGUGGAUGAUAAAACCAUCCUUCCUGGACAACAGAACUCACCACCUUGCUGUUGUUCACAUCAACACCAUCAUAUGA